CGUCAAGCAGCCCUCGAAUACUAUGUAAAAGGCCAUUCGCAUCACUGGUAUUGCCAACACUGUUCGACAGGCAAGCUUUGUUAGCGAUAAUGGUUUAUUCAAUGUUUAAUGUAGCUUUUAUGUUGGUGGCUGGGGCGGCUGCUUGCCAGCGAGACCAUCUCGUUUCUGGGCAUCGUGCAAGGCAGCACGACUCCCAGCUUGCACGACGGCAAGCCGACUUCCCUCCUGUCCUCUCUGACACCGAGUCCAUACUCGUCAAUUCGUUUGACAACACGUCGAUUAAUGAUUGGUCGUACUACUACACCCAUGGCCUGCACCUGGCGGGGAAGAACCGAACCAUGGCACAAUGGACGGCAGACAAAUGGUCAUCAUACGGAAUACCCUCCACACUGGCCGAAUACUACAUUCAACUCAACUACCCGGUGUCGAGCUCGGUGUCGGUGGAUUUCGGAAACGGCAGCACUUAUGACGCACAAUUGAUUGAAGACGCCUUGGACGUUGACGAAACGACUUCAUAUCCAAACAGUCUCCACGCUUUCCACGGAUAUUCAUUCUCUGGGAAUGCUACUGCCGAGUAUGUCUACGUGGGCAGAGGCCAGCAAACCGAUUUUGAGGAACUAGUGAAGUUAGGCGUGGCUCUCGAGGGAAAGAUUGCACUGGCCAAGUACGGGGGUCCUUUCCGCGGUCUCAAGGUCAAAAACGCGCAGGCACACGGCAUGAUUGGCUGUGUAAUCUUCAGCGACCCCGGUGACGACGGUAAUGUGACCGAAGCGAAUGGCUACGCAGCAUAUCCGGAUGGCCCAGCUCGGAACCCUACCGCUAUCCAACGCGGUUCUGUGCAGUUUCUUUCGCAGUACCCUGGUGAUCCCUCGACACCUGGCUAUCCCUCGAAGAAGGACUCUCCGAGAGCAGACACCGAUUCCGUAACCCCUCGGAUUCCUUCUGUCCCCAUCUCUCACAAGGAUGCUCUUCCAAUCCUCGCCGCCCUGGAUGGCCACGGAACUCCUGGCAGCCAGGUGAACCGGACUGGCUGGACUGGCGGACUCGAUGUUUCCUAUAGCACCGGGCCAGCCACUGGCGUCAACAUUUCAUUGUCAAACCUGAUGGAAGAUGCCACCACGCCAAUUUGGGAUGCCAUAGGCAUCAUCAACGGGACAGAAUCCGACGAGACGAUCGUGAUAGGCAAUCACCGCGAUGCCUGGAUUGUGGGCGGAGCAGCCGACCCCAACUCCGGAUCUGCCAUCUUGGUCGAACUCGCAAAGGCCUUUGGCAAGCUUCUUGCCAAGGGCUGGAAACCUAAACGUAACAUUGUGUUCGGCAGCUGGGAUGGAGAAGAGUAUGCACUGCUCGGAUCGACCGAGUGGGUCGAGGAGUACAUCCCCUGGUUAUCAGAGACAACGGUAUCCUACCUGAAUGUUGACGUCGGGUGUUCUGGUCCCCGUCCCGACAUCUCCGCCUCGCCCGAGCUGCACAAAAUCGCGACAGAGAUAGCGCGCAAGGUGAUAUUCCCCUACGCGGGCACAACGUUGACGGACAGCCUCAAUGAAACCUUCUACGACGCAUGGUUGCGCUCCACAGAAGGCGAAUUCGGCGUCCUGGGCAGCGGCUCCGACUACACAGCUUUCCUGCACAAUGGCAUAGGCUCGAUCGAUCUGGGCGCCGGCAACGGCGCUACCGACCCCGUCUACAUGUACCACAGCAACUACGACAGCUACCACUGGAUAAGCACGUUCGCGGACCCGGGCUUCCACGUCCACAAGGCCGUGGGCCAGUACCUCUCGCUGCUGGCAUACCACCUGGCCGACGACGAGCUCAUCCCCUUCGACCUGCCAAACUACACCACCGAGCUGCGCAAGUACUACGAUGCGCUGAACGAGACGCUCGUGGGCGCGGGCGCGCAGCUCGAUACCGCGGCCUUGGUGGACGCGAUUGAUGCGUUUGACGAGAGCGCGCAGCAGGUCGAUGCGCUGGCAACGCAGGCCGCGGCCGCGGAUGCGCAGGACGGCGCUGCGCUGCUGAAGCUCGUCAAUACCAAGUUCCGUGAAUUCCAGCGCGCGUUCACGUCGCAGGGUGGGCUGCCGGACAGGGAGUUCUAUAAGCACGUUAUCUUUGCCCCGGGCGUCGAUACCGGCUAUGCCGCGGUUACGUACCCAGGCAUCACGGAGGCAGUGGAGGCAGGCAACCUGACGCUGGCGGCGGAGUGGGUUGCGAAGACGGCGAAGGGAAUUGAGCGCGCGGCUGAAAUCUUGAAGCCGUAAAGAUCAAGCUGAGUAUUGGCGAGUUCUAACCGAACGAAUAUAAAAAAGAGCCAGCAGAAGUCUAGAGUAAAAAGCUCUAUGCAAGACGAAUCAGAGGUCC